UCGCACGUGCGCAGUGUUAGAACUUGUCACCAUAUUUCUAGCUAACCUGCCAGACAGUGUAGCUUAGCUUUCCUGGGGUGUAGCUUGCUGUCUGUCUACCUUCAUCCAUUUCUGAAUAAAAUAACGUGCACCUUGUGAAUAACAACGGUUACAGGACAUCAUGGCAACGGAAGACAAGAAGCCUGAUGCAGACAUCAAACAGUCGUCAUCUGGGUCUGGAAGCAAGUCGAACCCAGCAAAGCCCAACUACACUGUCAAGUUUACCCUGGCAGGACACACUAAGGCAGUCUCGUCCGUCAAGUUUAGCCCCAACGGAGAGUGGCUGGCCAGCUCAUCUGCCGACAAACUGAUCAAGAUCUGGGGAGCGUACGAUGGCAAGUUUGAGAAGUCGAUAGCAGGUCACAAGCUCGGCAUCUCCGAUGUGUCUUGGUCGUCAGACUCUAACCUCCUGGUCUCAGCGUCGGACGACAAGACCCUAAAGAUCUGGGAUAACAGUUCGGGUAAAUGUCUUAAGACUCUGAAAGGCCACAGCAACUACGUCUUCUGUUGUAACUUCAACCCUCAGUCCAACUUGGUGGUCUCUGGAUCGUUUGACGAGAGUGUGAGGAUCUGGGACGUGAAGACUGGGAAAUGUCUGAAGACCCUCCCAGCACACUCAGAUCCAGUAUCGGCUGUCCACUUCAACAGGGACGGGUCUCUCAUUGUGUCCAGCAGCUACGACGGCCUGUGUCGUAUUUGGGACACAGCAUCGGGACAGUGUCUUAAAACUCUGAUCGACGAUGACAACCCGCCGGUCUCGUUCGUCAAGUUCUCCCCCAACGGCAAAUACAUCCUGGCUGCGACUCUGGACAACACCCUAAAGCUUUGGGAUUACAGUAAAGGGAAGUGCCUGAAGACUUACACAGGCCAUAAGAAUGAGAAGUACUGCGUCUUCGCUAACUUCUCUGUCACGGGAGGCAAGUGGAUCGUUUCAGGUUCAGAGGACAGCAUGGUGUACAUAUGGAACCUCCAGACCAAAGAGAUUGUCCAGAAGUUGCAGGGACACACAGACGUGGUGAUCUCCACUGCCUGCCAUCCGACAGAGAACCUAAUCGCCUCGGCCUCGCUGGAGAACGACAAGACCAUCAAACUGUGGAAGAGUGACUGCUAGACCACGCCCCCCAGCCCUUAGCCCCGCCCCAUCCUGCUCCAUGCUCCUCCCCUUGCCACGUCUCCCGCCCCCAGACUCGUCCUGUGAAGAGGGCUCAUGUUUUAUGAAAGACAUUUGUGGACAGCCACAUCUCAGCAGAGGCACUACCGCCAAACCAACCAACAACGCCACUGCCAUCGUCGUCACUUGCGCAAUCUUUGUCAGGUUCCUCGUCCAAUCACAGCGGAACACUGGAAGGUUCUCCUUAGUUCUCACACAUAGAAGUAAACAUUUGUCUUUUGGGAACUUUAAUGAAUUUUAAUUUUAAUGAAUGGUUUGUGAUCAGGCCCUGCAUUGACAAUGUUUUAAACAGUAACACAACAGUAACACCAGGUGUUAUUUAUGUUGAACCAGUUGAAUAUAACCCCGAUUGUUUGGCACCCUUACUCCUGCACGGGGCUUACCGCCCAGUGGGAUGGAACUGAGAUUCACACCCCUCCUUCCAUAGCUCCAGGUUAUGUUGUCUAACCAGCUCUAACUCUCCUGAAAACAAGGUCACUCCCUCCUCCAACCAUCCCUUCCUUCCUCCAUCCCUCCCUCUCUUCAUCCUCCCCCUACUCCCUGUUCAAAGGUUUGUGAUGGUUUACAUUGUUUCACUCCCCAGCUUCCUGCUCUGGAGAUGACAUCACUUCUGUGUGAGAUGACAUCACAGAAGUGAUUUCAUCCGGCUACCACUUAACCUCUGUAUCAGACAGGCUCUUUCAGCUUCGGUUUCUUAUUGGAUGCCUUUUUAUGUCAUAUACCUUUUCCAGGUCCUGAUUGGUGGAGAGUCUGUAUUUGUGAAGAAAAAAGCAGAAAGCUUACAGGUUUUUUUUUUUUUUCAUGUUGUACAAAAAUAAUAAGGUGUUUGUUUUGUUAUUUGACCUGUGAAUUAAAUUCCUGUUUGAACAUCA